CGCGGCGGGGCUCGAGCGCAACGGGCUUUUCUCUCCAACGUAGCCUCAGUGCUAUUGCUCAGUUGACAUCGACCGCUUGAGGCGAGGCGCACAGAGUUUCAAUAAGUUUUCUACUUUUGAUGAAAAUCGGAAUCUACUCAAUCACUCGGACAGAUUGAGAUUGAGAGAGAGAGAGAUCUCACGCACACACACAGAGAGACCAGCUUGUGGGGCUGCAGGAUGCUCGCGCACACGGGCUUCACUUUAUUUAUGCAACGCCGUCGUGGGACGAAGAAAUUAUCUGGCUAGUUCAUUCUCUAGCUGAUUCGAGUUACACUGAAAAGCAAUUUGGACUCCUUCAGAUUUCUAAGAAACCCCCAGGUGGUAGUUUUACGACACUAAGAAUAGAGAAACCGAUUGUUUUUGUCAAGAAAAGUGCGUUAGCUGUAGCCGGCUAGCUACAAAGCCGGCGAACAAACGCCUCUCAGUGCCACCGAAGUUCAGCGGACCUCCUCGCUGAGGUGACAAUGCUCGAAAUAAUGUCCGAACACCAAGAUUCAUUACUGAAACGCAAAACGGAGCCUCUGCCACCAGAGAGACGAAAGAGAACAGUGGAAGACUUCAACAAGUUCUGUAGUUUUGUCUUGGCGUAUGCUGGUUAUAUCCCAUCUCCAAAAGAGGAACGACCAUGGUCUCCAGCCUCCUCCAGUUCACCGCACAGUUCUGGCACCUCAGGAGAAGGUGGCAUGGGAGGUGGUGCUAGCUCAAAUAUGUCUGCAAGUUGGGGAGAUGGCAACUCGGACCUACACACUAUUCACACUUUUGUUCAGAAAGCUCGCGCCAACAAAAGUGUCAAGACCAUGCAGCGCCUGCCUUCUGACAGCACCCUGCUGGAAAAAAUGAGGUUGAAAGACUCUCUCUACAAGGGCCAAGCAAGCAGCAAAGCAGAGCGCAAGAAGGACAAAAAGCUGAAGCGCCUCUCUCUUGGCUCAGGUGCAGGAGACAGCAGCAGCAGCAGUGGGGAAAAGCGUGCCAGAAUCAAGCGCAGCAAAAACUCCAAGCAGCCCAAAAGCCUUAAGAAGCUUAAGAGCUCGGCACUCAGUGAGACAGACUCUGAGACUGGACUCGGCCACGGAGAGGAGCACACAGGUCAGCCAAGAGGGCUACAGUCCCAGAGACCCAGCCUGAUGAAGUCUGAGCGUGACGAAGCAAGCAGAGAUGCAGAAAUGAGCUCCAGUGAAGGGGAAACAUGGAUAGCAGAUGAGGAUAUCAUGGUCGAGUCAGGAGACGACUCAUGGGAUCUGAUCACUUGUUACUGCGGGAAACCUUUUGCAGGACGCCCCAUGAUCGAGUGCAACCAGUGCAGCAUAUGGGUGCAUCUGUCCUGCGCCAAAAUCAAGAAGUCCAAUGUCCCAGACAUAUUCUACUGUCACAAAUGCAGGGAAGCGAGGCGAUCGGGCCAUAAAAAAGACAGUUAGAGAAAAUGCCUAAAUCCAUGGAAGCUCGACGUUUCCGUCCUCCACUUUUUCUAUCAAGUAUAAGACGAUAACACUGUUUCUGAAAUGGGAUGUUGUUUCGAGUCCCAUGUUUUUUGCGCAUCAAUUCUUCACAUGUUUGACAAUCAUAUACACGGUUAAUAUUAAAAAGUUUGAAUUUCUUCAUGUUUAUAGACACACUAUUAAACCAUGCUCACGAGCAGUUUUUCUGCCAGUCCGUUCCGAUCAUCAGGCAGUAUUUUAAUGUUAAAUGAUGACGAUGUAUUCCGAUGUAAAAUACCUUUUACAACAGAGAUACUUAUAAGCUGAGGUUCGUCUUUUACAUGAAGAAGUGGUCUGUGUAUAGGUUGUUCUUUCUGUUGCUUACCGUUUUCACAGACAUCUCAGUUUUGCUCCUUGUUUUGUUUUUGUGCUACUCCAUAUUAACAGAUAGACUUUAUUCAGUGAUUAGCUCUUUUUUAAUCUCAGUGCAUGUCAGCACCGUGGCAGUCCUGGUAUUAAUCUAGCACUUAGCUACAACUAUCAACUCCAGAUCUUUCUGUGUGGGGAACAUGAAAUGUUGGACUUGAAAUGGGAACUUUCAGAUCAGCUCACACUGCUGGCUGUCUUUUUACCGAGUGUAAGCAGUUUCAAAUUGUGCAUUAACUAUUUUUGUUGGUUUACUUUUGAAGGACAAUUUCUGAGACAAAUGAAUGAUGUUUAAGAGCUUUGCAACUGCCACUCGAGUGUUGAGUCUCACUCAACACCCCCAUUAGUUGUAAUUAUUAUAUGUUCUAUUUUUUUCUUUUUCUUUUUUUUUUUAAAAAGGAGCUUAAUUUGGGUUUUAAUCUCUUGUCUGAGAUUUGGUUAAGAUCCCACACACCCCAGAGAGUUAGGCGUUGUGGAGCUGCUCCCUGAUUUGCUGUUUGAAAGUAGUUCGGAGACCAGAUCUUCUUGUGUACAGAAAAGAGUUUAUGCUGCAAGUGUUGUGGCAUGUUUUGUUUAUAUGUUAUUUUUUUUGUUUUGUUUUUGUGAGGGGUUUCUUGAAAUUCCCCCAAAAUAGACCCUAUUCUCUCCUAUUUUAGUCUGUAAAUACCAUAUACUUUCAGAACUGUAUAUAAUAUGAAAACGAACAGAAAAGCCAAGCAAAUGUUACAUCAGAUGCCAAAAAUAUUUUCUUUAACUGUACUUGCAGAAAUAAAGCCUUUUCUUUAUUGGG